GUAUAUCAAUGGUUGUCUAGUUCACUCACAUCUUCUCGUUGAGUUUGAAGAGUACCGUGUCCGUGGAUUUCAAGAGUUUAAACCGCAGCCGCUCCUCCAGCUCAGGAAAGUCUCGGAGGGGUGUGUUGGAGAUCUGGACGUUUGAAAGCGCUCUCGACUGCUCUGCCAAGUUCUCUAGAGACACCAUGAGAGGACCGCACUCGACCAAAACACUCUUCCAAAUCCUCUGGUUGUUCUCAAGACUGUGGAAGCUUUUCUUCAGAGCUUGAUGAAGAGAAGGAAGGGCAGGUUUAGACAUGUUUAGAGCUGAUUUUAGACAUCGGUUGGCCCCAAUUACAUUCAAAGGUGCGAAUUAGUCUGUAAACAUUUGAAAAGUGUAUAGUAGCAGCCAAAACAUCACAUUUCAACCAUGUUGCCUGGACUCACUUCCUGGUAAACACUGACGUUCCGCGCUACGAUUGGCCGAGAACCUGAUUUCGAUGACGCGAGCUUUGGACGGUUUUGAUUGGUUUGUUGUAGUCGAGGCCCCGCCCCGCGCGGAGAUUUGAAAACGUUUCCAACCGCCCCUACACAACCAACGAAGAAGAAGAAGAUUUUAAAACGGCUCUGUGGAGGACGGAGAAAGUCGAGUGUAAGAGGGAGAAAAUAUAACCAGGUAAACAGUUAUUUAUAUAUCAGACAUUAAUAUUGUAAAACUAAUUAGUUAGAGAGUAUUUAUAAAUGGGUUGGACUGUGAAACAAACGGACGUUACAGCGAAUUUUGCAACUAUCAGGACAAGCUCCUUCGAUGGUGUUAGCUCGUUGCUAAGUUAGAUGUCUUGCUCAUGAUAAGUACGUUGUGAAUUCGUCAAAAUCUGCUCUAAUAUUCAGCGUACCGGUGAAAUAUUUGAUCAUUUCAGCAGAUAUGAGUGUGACUAUUUACACUGUACAUUCGUUAACUGACUUGUUUGCGUCCACAGUCAUGGCUCCCAGGAAAAGAACGACCAAACAGCGUAAAAACAACCCGAAGGCGGCCAAGCUCGAAGCGUUUCAGGAGGAUUUCGACAGCGAGGGUGAGUAAAGCUGACAUACAUUUACCAAAUACUGUUUAAAGCAUUGUUCUAAAACUGUUAAAAGUUAAACCUACCAAGUAAUAACACUCACAAAAGCCCUUAUGCCUGCUAUAGGUUACUGACUGUAUUUAUGCUGCAGGUCCGUUUCAAUGAUACAGCAAUUUACUGUUAACUGUCAGCUGAUUUUAGGUUCUUCCACAAAUUCAGAUGUUUUAGAAUAACAUAAUUUUCUCAUUGUUUUCAGAUUUGUCCCCUGAUAUUGCAACUUAGUUUUGCAACAGUGGGUUAAGGUGAAUAAAUGCGUUUUAAACAUUUCCGAAACCUAAUGCAUUGUUUUCGGUACUAAACAUAUGCUAAAUGGACCUUGUGACUUAAAUUUGAUUAUUGAUACAACUAUGAUAGAGCAAGUGUCCAAGACUAAACUCCUGAGUGUUAAGUUCGACAAUCAGCUCUCAUGGUCUGAUCAGAUCAAUCAUAUCUUGUCCAGGAUGGGCAGAGGUGUCGCUUUGGCUCGAAGGUGUGCACCAUACUGUCCACCCUCGGUCAUGAAAACAGUGGUCCAGUCCCUGGUUUUGUCACAUCUGGAGUACUGCUCAGUCAUUUGGUCCAGUGCUGGACAGUGGCACUUGAAAAAACUGCAGCUUGCCCAGAGUAGAGCUGCCAGGGUAGCCCUUGGUUGUCCUUAGAACAAAUGUGAAUGAGAUGCAGUAGGUAUUAUUUUAAAAGGACUUUAAAACAAAACUGUAUAUAAAUGAACUAUAAAAGCACAGAUUUUGGAGAGAUUUUAAUGUUGUGAAGACUCAUGAUUUGAAUCUGUAAUUGUAAUUGUUAUUAUUAAUUAAUUGUAUUGUGAUUUUAACUUUUUGGACCCAAGGAUGACUAGUAACCACUUUGUGGAAGCCAAUAGGGAUCCAAACAAACAAAUAAACAAACUUAGUUCUUGUAAAAUGAUAGCUUUAUUCCUUUAAUAUAAACUUAAUCCUACCAAUACUACUUUGUUUUAUUUUUCUUAAAAUGUGAGGGUUUUUGUGUUGUUUUUUGUUUGUUUUCUAAGGUUGCCUUUAAACUCAGGUGUUAAUACAGAUACAGAUACAAAAUACAGAUUUUGAAAUGCAUAUAAGUCAAAUUUUUCAUUUUGCUGGUCUCCAUUUUGUGCAAUUUGAUAUUUUUUGUCUUUGCAACUUCAGUAGUUGUCGUCCUCAGUUCAUGUGCUCUGAAAUGCAUUUUACUCAAAAAAAAACAGGCGUAUUCAUGUUAAAAAAUAUAUAUUUACUUCGUUUUUAUCAUAGCUACUUCAAGAUUUUUUUAAUAAAAAAUAAAUUUGUUUGGUUUGAAUUCUAUAAAAGUGGGUCUCGACUAAAGGACCACAGGAAAAUGUGGGUCCCAGAGUGAGACCAGUUGAGAACCUCUGGAGUAAAUGCUGCAAUUUAAAGAUGAAAUCGAUAUUCCCUUCAGUGUUUGAUGAGGCUCAGAUGAGAGAUGGUACUUGUUGUGUUUUCACAGUGAAGACCAGGGUGGGACAGAUGAAAGAGAGGAUGAACCAGCUGCUGAAGGAUGUUGAAAACAGCUAUAACAUGGCGCUCAUUAAGCUCCCCAAGGCUAUCAGACAGACACUGUGGCUGGAUCACUUCAGUAAGUGAACACAAACCCUCUCACUCAUUAUAGUUUAAUGGAAAGACAAAACGCUGAUUUGGGGAAUAUUAAGCCCUGAAGGCAGCGCCAGCACUCUUAAUUCCAUUCAGAGAUGAAUAGAUAAACUAACUGUAGAUUUUGUCACUUUUCUCUGCAGAGGCUGAGAAACCGAAGUCACCAGAAGUGGAUAACGCAAAAGUGAGUUUAUCGUCACAUUGUUUAUCAUCAUUUACCAGAGCUUAAAAGUUUCUAGAUGUAUUUGGAUUGUCCAGAGUAAGUUUUAAAUUUGCACGUGUGUUUUCCUUGACAGCGGGAAGAGGAGGCUGCUAUUGUUGAGAGUGUUGUUGCUGAAGAUCACGCUGUCCUUCUGAAAUCGGUCAAGAAAAGUAUGUUCAAAACGGAUCAACUGCAUUCAUUCAAAUUCUUUAAUAUCUCUAUUAUAUAAAUGCAUGCAGCAGAUUAAAUCCUGUUUAUAUGAUCUCCAACCAGCAGCUACAAAGAAAAAAACUGGAUCCAAAUCCAGUUCAGAGGAUGAGAACAUCCCGAGCACAACAAAGAAGGUAACAAUGACUGAUUUUCAUUAUAUAAAGCUGAUUUGGUGGGUUUCAGUGUAAUUCCUGUGUAUUCUGAUUAUGUUAAUUUAAUUAUUUUAGGGGAGACCAACAAAGAAACCACCAACCACAUCAAAGAGGGCGAAGGCUGUGGCGAUCAGUAAGCAGAGCACUGCCAUCAGACGGUAAGAACCUCCAUCUUAAUCUCCUAUCUCUCUAUGUCACCUGUUGUCAAGUAAAACAGUCAUAGGAAUAUGUAUUUGUCUGGAUCCAGAUCGAGCAGGAAGCCAUUGGUCACCCCUGCCAGGAGUAUGCUGGACUCUUCUCUGAUGAUGGGUCCGACUCCUCUGAUCACGCCCCGCUUUGACCCAAGGUGAGUGGGCUUUACUCUCUUAGAAUCUGUGUUCACCUCCCUGAACUACAGACUCAAGAGGAAAGGGGAUGUGAUUCUCUCUGUACAUGUUUUAUGUCCUCAGGCUGCCCAAGACCCCUGCUGUGAGAGUUCCCCGCCACAAAGAAAGGGUCUACAGCAUCUCAGUCAAUGGCUCUCCCAUUGCAGCAGGAAACGAGGACAUUGUCAUCAACGUUCCCAUCGGCAACGGAGAGGUGAGGUUUAGAGGUGUUUUGAUUAGUGCGUGAUUUCACAUCAGUGACGUGUAAGAUUAGACUGACAGAGUCUGCAAAUGAAUUAAACAAACAUCUUCAUCUUAAUUCACCCAGAGUGUGCAGCUGUUGGCCAGUCAGAUGGACUCUGUGGACCUUUCACUGCUGGAUGAAACGGCUCUGAGGAGCAUUCGACUGCUGCAGGUACGUUCAGUUCUGUGGGACAACAUCUCUUUAAACCGGCUUUAUAACAUGAUUCCUGAGGAUUUUAUUCUUAACACUGUGCUUUCUUUAUCUCAACAGAAUCGCCUCACAACCCUGUGUGGAUCAUCAGAGUGACCCAACCAUCUGUUGCUGACCUGCUGUUGAGCACUGUUUUUUUUUUUUUUUAAAUACAUUUUUAGCCUUUAUACUUCUUGUACAGACUUUGAACAUUUCUUUGACCUGAAACUGAUAUACAGUUUGGAACAGUGAUUUCCAGACCUUUACUGGAGUCCCUCCUUGUAUUAGAGAAAAGGGGCCAUUGAUGCGUUACAUUGUUGUAGAGCUCGUUCUUUCAGCUCCCAAAUGGCUCCUAAUUUUAUCACUUUUCUUAUUCAGCCAAAUGUAGCAUUGUUUGGCUUAUGGUAUGUAUGUGUACAUAUACCUCUUUUUCUCAAGUAAAAAUACAUUUUCUAAUAUCAGUAAA